AUGCAGGCGAAAUCGUCGUUUUGGGAGAUUGUCGCACGGUGCCUGAGAAUCCAAUCAGGGAAUGGGACCAGUACUCUAUCAGCGCUUGCUUAUCGUUUUCCAUUUCCCCGCGACGUGGAGAGGGCAGAAUCACGGUUGUCUGACACAAAGGUCUACCGGCCACCAUCGAGAGCAUCCAUUGAAACGGCAGCUAGGGAAUACGUGGCAACCUCCAAUGCAGACCUCCGAAACCCAUUCGCGGACUACCUAGUAGAUGAUGCAAAGGUCUGGUCGAUGUACCUCGACUUGACCAAAUCAAAAGGCGAAGAGUUGAUGAGAAUAUGGAACAGUGACUUGGAUACCAUCUUGAUAUUUGCGGGCCUGUUUUCUGCCAUUUUGACUGCCUUUCUUAUCGAGACACGAAAAGAUCUCCAACAAGACCCUCAGGCUAUCACGAAUAAUUUGAUCAGAGACCUCAUUCAAACCCUGUCGUCGGAAAGUCAUCAGAAUUCCCUGCUAUCAACAACCUUUGUACCCUCAUCACCUUUGGUAUGGGUGAAUGGACUCUGGUUCGUCAGCCUCACUUUUGCCUUAACGGGUGCCUUUGGCACAAUCUUGGCGAAAGGGUGGGUAUCCCAAUUUAUUCCUGUAUCAGCUGGACUGCCCAUAAUCGACGCCUGCAAUCGUCAUCGACGGUUCUUUGGCGACGACCAACGACAUCUACGAGCUGUUAUACAUGCCCUGCCAAUAACCUUGCACAUUGCCUUUUACCUCUUCUUUGGCGGCCUCGUCAUUUUAUUGUUUCAGGACAACCCGCGAAUUGGGGUAGUUGUGACGACGCUUAUUGCCAUCACCAUGCUCCUCUACCUAGGAUGUAGCAUUCGCCCGCUUCUCAAUCCCAAUUCCCCGUUUAAUACUCCGAUAUCUGGCUUGCUGCCAAUUAUUCCUGGCGUCUUUAUUCCUCUCAUUCUCCUGGCAGAUGCGAUUGGACACUUGGUAUUCACUCCCCGCCAACGCCGACGUAAGGCGCGGAGAGUUACCGGCUCUUACACACAUGUCGACCAUGUCUUUUUGUCCACGACCAAACUUCGUAGGACAUGGACAAAGGGCAUCUUCGACACAUUCUCAUCUUUAUAUCAUCUCAUGCUCGUUUCAAACCCCCCAUCAGACGAAUUGAGGACAGAUGUCCUCGUUGGUCUGUUUUCACUGGCGCGAACCUUCAAACUUGAUGAUCCAGUCUGUGCCAUUGCGGGACUACCCAUGUCGUCAAGGUUGCAGGAGGCUUUGUAUAUUGCAGACCCAUUACCAGUCUUGACCCGCAACAUCACGGAGCUUCUAUCCUCCCUAGACAAGACUGAAACCUCUUCCGAUGUAACUCGAGCAUACCUUACAGUUAUGCUGUCUCUUGUCCAGACCACCCAUUCUUCCUUAAAUUGGAGCGCUAGCUCACUCGUAGCUUUUCUGCAACCGGGAGGGACCCUGUCAAAUUGGGAUAUGUUCCAAGACGAUAUUCUUGAAUUGAUUAUUUGCAUCCACAUCCAUGUGCGGAUACGCUCAGGAUUUCUGAUACCUGCCGAAUUCACCAAUCGUAUUCCGGAAGUGAUUUCUAAUUGUACAAACCCUCUGCAUCGACAGUGGUUGAUUGACGCUUCUCUUAUUCUCUCUGCGAUGGAUAAGGGAUCUACACUCAAAUGUUUGGCUCUGAAUGAACGCAUGCAUCCCAUGCUUUUAGGUCCUGAACUCGGAAACACGCUUUCCAAUAUGAUAAAACACCCACAAAAACGGGUUCAAAGAGCAGUACUGAGUUCCAUUUCUGCCAUAGGUGUCCAUGCACUGAUCCACCAGGGCAUCGUCGGCCUAUUGCUCGACCAUAUUCCAGGCAAUGAUUCCCAGUUUCAAUGUGAAGCACUUCUUACAUUUGCGGUUUUCCUUCGGUUUGACGGCACGGACGAAUCUGACAACAAUCAAGAGGUAUUCUACAGCCAGUCAAUGUUAGAACCUUGCAUUGAAUCCAUCCUUACCUUAUUCCUCGCUGGGAUGCUGAAAAGCGAGCACUUGAAUGUGCAGGAAGCGGCAGUGAUGGUUCUUUCUCAAUUUCUGCGUCAUAAUUAUCCAAGAGACAAAUUUAACCAGUUAAAUCACACUAGUGCCUUGUUGAAUAUGCUCGAAACUGGAGACGACAGUUUGCAGAUUGCGGCUAUGAAAGUCCUGAUCGUCAUACUACAGUUUGGUAAAUAG